ACCGGAAAACAAUCAUGGCGGACAUGAACUCCUCUGUGAUUGUAGUUUUGUUACUGAUAGCAGGUUGUAUAAGCAGUUUGUAUUUCAGGCAGUAUGGAUUAAUUUACUCUGCUUUCCCGGGCUUCGCUGUUGCAUGCGUGCUCCUGCUAGCAAGGAGGUUGCGGGCAAGUAACGGGCUCCCAAACCGCAAUGUGUGCGUCUUGGUGUUGGGAGAUAUUGGACGAAGUCCUCGCAUGCAGUAUCACGCCAUCUCCCUCAGCAAACACGGAUACAACGUUUCAUUUGUUGGCUUCCUUGGCACAAAGCCCCACCAAGAUGUUCUUGGAAAUGAAAGAAUAAAGAUUAUUCCAAUUUCAGAAUUGAAAGGGCUUACAGCUGGCCCAAAAAUCCUCAGAUAUGUCACCAAGGUGAUUUUACAAUCACUGCAACUUUUCUAUGUGCUGGUGAAGAUCGAUGCGCCCUCUUAUGUUCUGAAGCAGAAUCCCCCUGGUUUGCCUGGUAUCGCAGUGACGUGGUUGGUGUGUUUGCUACGAGGCAGCAAGUUCAUCAUUGACUGGCACAACUACGGCUACACCAUCAUGGCACUAACUCACGGGGAGAAGCACCUCAUCGUCCGAGUUGCCAAAUGGUAUGAGAAGUUUUUUGGUGUUUUUUCUCAUCACAACCUCUGUGUCACGCAUGCUAUGAAGGAAGAUCUACAGAGAAACUGGAGUAUAAAGGCGACGACACUGUACGACAAGCCCCCCCUGAUGUUUAAGGAGGCCUCAUUGGAGACCCGGCACAGUCUGUUCAUGAAAAUGAGGGAUCUCUAUUCUCCGUUUAAGUCACCGGAUGAGACCCACAGCGAAGGGGUAGAGAGGACCGCGUUCACAGAGCGGGAUGGAGGCACUGUGACCCUCACUGACGGACGCCCCGCCCUGCUCCUAAGCAGCACCAGCUGGACCGAGGAUGAGGAUUUCUCCAUUCUGCUGAAAGCAUUAGAGGAAUAUGAAAGGUUUGUUGAGGAUGGGGCCACAUUACCUUCACUGGUCUGCGUCAUCACAGGUAAAGGCCCACAGAAGGAGUACUACAAAGCACUGAUUGACAAACUGCAGCUCAAACACGUACAGUUCUGCACACCUUGGCUGGAAGCUGAGGAUUAUCCCAUCCUGCUAGGAUCAGCUGAUCUUGGAGUCUGCCUGCACAAGUCCUCCAGUGGCCUGGAUCUGCCCAUGAAGGUGGUGGACAUGUUCGGCUGCUGCCUGCCAGUCUGUGCCAUACACUUCCAAUGUUUGCAUGAGCUGGUGAAACAUGAGGAGAAUGGGCUGAUAUUCAAGGAUUCCCAGGAGCUAGCCGAACAGCUGAAGACACUUCUGUCAGACUUCCCGGGAUCAGAGGGGAGGCUGGCUCGUUUCCGGAGGAACCUGAGGACCAAUGAGCAGCUGCGAUGGGACGAGAGCUGGGACAGCACUGUACUCCCUCUGCUGGGCUCCGAUGGCAGCUGACCACACCCGCCCAAACAAAACUCAGAUAUCACAAACAACACCCUUCAAACUGAACUGUACGUUCAAAAAGGCAACUAGGGGAAGGUUUAACCGGACAUUACAACCCAGGGAAAGUUGACCGUACCAUGCGUCUGUAAAACACCCUCAUAGGAGCUUCUGACUUGGUUUGUCUUUUCUGUACAUUCCAGCAAUACUGAAACACAGAGGAAACUGAAGCUUGAAUGUAUGUAUACCAAUGCACUAUAACUGUAAAUACUUUAUUAUAAAGCACUGUGUUGCAUAAUCAUUAUGCUUUUAUAAAUACAAUUUAAUUAUCUCAA